AUGAUUUACCAAGCACUCAAUUUUACGCAGAAUAAGAGAUUAGCUGGCAGGUACAUGAGACGAAAAAGGAACGCUCUUUCUUUUCUCAAUUUGGAAAAAAAAAAAUUACCACACCUUCUGUGUUUCCACAGUGAAGAUUGCGAAUACUGCAACAGUAUGGAAAAGCUGCUAACCAAAUUAAAGGAAGAAGAAGGGGUUAACCUUUUAAAAUUAGAAAUGUAUGAAAAUUCAUACAACUUUGAGUUGCUCCAACAGCUGGAUUAUGAUAAUCUAUGUGGAGGGUUGCCUUAUUACUAUAACUUGAAGACGCACUACAAUAUUUGCGGAGCUACAACCUACCACAACUUGAGGAACUGGGCCCUGGACAAAAAGUGCAAGUAA